CAAUAGCAGUGUUUAAGGACUGUUGGUGAGAGGCUACCAGUCUCGUCGCACACUUAACACGGAGUUUAUGGUCCACAGUAGUGAUCUAAUAUUAGUAGUGAAAUUGUUACCUUCGUGAAGAUUAUUAAAGUGCAAGGAAUUAUUAUUGGCCUGUUGUACCAUGGAAAAGGUGAUGUGGUUCUCACAUAAUUGGAGCUUUGUGUUGGUGUUCGUGUACGUGGAACUUCUCUCGUCUACCUCUGCUAAUAGUUGCUGUUACAAUGGUUUGUUGUACAAGCUAGGUAGCGUAAUCGAAGUGCUUCCAGAGAUGUGUAUACAGCUUAUUUGUGCCGCAAAACCAUCUACCGUAGCACCCUUCUUUACUGCGACUAUUGUUCCGGUUAAACUAAAAUACUGUGAAGAUCACGGGACAUGUGACGAUUUCAUGGUAUGUGUAGACGAGACUGGACUGAUUCAAACGGAAGGUGCAACAUGGUACCCAAACGAGUGUCAAACCUGUACAUGUACAGACUCUACUGUGUAUUGUCAUAACCUGCCAGUAUCCUGUCCACCCCCACCACAUUCAUACUGUACGGAAAUUCCUGGUCCAUGCUGCCCUCAGUGGAACUGUUCAAGUGGGUGUGUUGACGAGUCUGGACAGCACCGCGAUCUUGGCAGCUCGUGGUACUCUUGUCCCUGUCUUUACCACACUUGCACAAAAACUGGAAUAACAACUAGCAUUAAAGAAUGUUAUCUACCAGAUCCGGUUCAUUCAAUGUGUUUGAAAUUCACUCCAGAGAACGAAUGUUGUCCACAGUGGAAUUGUAGUGGCUGUACUGACCCUGCUGGAAAUUACCACGUCCCUGGAGAAGAGUGGACUACAACUGAUCCCUGCAUUUCCUUUGUGUGUACUGAAGAUGGCAUAAAGGAGCAGAGAGUAGAGUGUGCACUGACCAGCAGACCUCAUGAAGGUUGUUCCACGUACUUGCCAGCCGGAUCUUGCUGUCCAAAAUGGAACUGCAGCGGUUGCAGUGAUCACACUGGGCAUCAUCCUGUGUUAGAAGUAUGGAAGAUUGACCACUGUACUACUAGGGUUUGCACGAUGACUGGAAUACAGACAACGCGAGAAAGCUGUCAGCUGGUUCCAGCACCCCACAACACCUGUGUAAAACACAUUCUUCCUAAUAAAUGUUGCCCUGUAUGGAGAUGCAGGGGCUGUAUUGAUUACUCUGGAAGUUUCCAUGAAAUUGGCGAAGAAUGGCGAACAGAAAAUCCAUGUUUUCUCUUCAAAUGUACUGAAGAUGGUAUAACAUUAAAUCGUCUUCAAUGUCAAGAUAUUCACCCCCCACGUGCUGACUGCUCUAAAUACACACCAGUGGGAGAGUGUUGUCCUAAAUGGAACUGCAGUGGAUGCGUUGAUGAAGUUGGUAUAAAUCGGUCGUUAUAUGAAGUAUGGAAACGGGAUUCUUGUACUACAAACUUCUGCACGAGGAAUGGUAUCCAGACGUCAGAGGAAGUGUGUGAGCUGGGACCUGCUCCCCAUCCUAGUUGUCAGAAAAAUAUAUCUGAAGGAGACUGCUGCCCCCAGUGGAAUUGCAGGGGAUGUUUUGACAACACUGGAAACUAUCAUGAAAUUGGUCAUGAAUGGAACACACACUAUCCGUGCUUAAAAUUAGUCUGUGAACAGGCAGGAAUAACCAUGAAACUCACGAACUGUACAGACUUGAACCCGCCACAUCCCAACUGCCGCAAAUACAUACCAGAAGGUGAAUGUUGUCCAGUAUGGAAUUGCAGCGGUUGUGUACAGGAUGGAGCCUACCAUCCCUUACAUCAUAUAUGGAAAUCUGAUCCUUGCACUACACUUACCUGUACCAACACUGGCAUACAGGUCACCAAGGAAAACUGUACUCUUGGUCCUUCUCCUGGUCCUUCAUGCAGAAAGUACAUUAAAAAUGGAGAUUGCUGCCCCAAGUGGAACUGCAGUGGAUGUACUGAUAAGUUUGGUAAAUACUAUGAGUUGCAUCAGAAAUGGUCAACAAACGAAUGCAUUGCUCACGAGUGUACCCUAAAGGGUAUUAGAACUACUGUGGUAACUUGCAUUGAAAAACCCCAUCCCAACUGCAUAGAACUGCCGCCACUACCAGGAGCCUGUUGUUCCAAAUGGAACUGUGGACAAGACUGCAGGUUGGUGAAGUGUGGAGGCGCCCCUGGUCCUGACUGCAAUGCAACGACACCACCUCUGGCAUGUUGUCCUAUCUGGAAAUGCAGGGGAUGUUUCGAUGAUCUGGGGAAGUAUCAUUUACUGGGGAGUGAGUGGAAGAACGAUAACUGCAAUACCUCCAUUUGCACCGAACUUGGAAUAAAAAUAAGUGAAGAGGUUUGCAGCAAGACUCUCCCUCCCCAUCCCAGUUGUUCUGAAUACACCCCAGAGGAGGAGUGCUGUUCUAAGUGGAACUGCAGUGGCUGUGUGGACAGUGGUGUUUUACAUCAAGUGGGUGAUGAGUGGAAAGUUGAUCCUUGUGUCACACACGUGUGUACUAAAAGUGGAAUAUUAAAGAGAAAGAAGAUUUGCUACUUAGGUUCUGCCCCAGACAAAAGCUGUCGACAAUAUACUGCUCCAGAAGAAUGUUGUCCUCGAUGGGAAUGCAGCAACUGUUUGGAUGAACAAAGUGUGCGGAGAAUGGAGGGUGAUACUUGGCAUGAUCCAUUAAAUCUUUGCAAGCAAUGUUCUUGCAUAGACGGUUCUGUGACCUGUGUGCUGCCAGACUGUGCCUCGCCACCGCCUUGGCUAUGUGAUCCUCCACACGUGAAUGAAAAGUGCUGUCCCAACUCCUGCGAUCCUCAGACUGGAAAAAUAUGCAAAGACGAAGAAGGAAUUCUUCGUGUAGAGGGUGAAAGCUGGAAAGACCCAAAGGAUCCCUGCAUAAAUUGUUCGUGCGAUGGUGGUACAGUGAAAUGUACGAAUCUGAUAUGUGCUCCACCACCCAGCUGGCAAUGUGUCCCUCCUAAACUUCCUGGACAGUGUUGUCCUAACUACUGUGACUCCCCUACGAAUGCUACAACGUUGUCUCCGGUAAUUCUGGAUGAAGAAUGUUUUGAUCAUAUUGGCACCCAACGAAAAUUAGGUGAAAAGUGGCUUGAUCCAUCAAACUCUUGUGUAGAGUUCUCGUGUGGAAGACUGGGUUUCAUUACUGAACGAAAAAUCUGUUGAGUUGGUGAAAUGGCGCAGCAGCAGAUCUGAAUCAUGAAUCUGUGAUACUAUGCAAGUUUUUUAAUAACUUUUAAUCUCUAUUAAACUUUACCUGCGAAA